AUGGUGGAAUGUGUUAAGAGGGAGAGAACCCAGCUGCCCCCCCACCAAGACACCCACCGCAGCAGCAGCGGGGGCCGGGACCCCCCCAGCACCCACUCAGCGCAGCAGAUAGAGACGGACCGCCCGCCGGGCAGCCACAUUCGAGACUCAGGCAGGGCCAGCGGGCCCGCCACGGCGCCCCCACGCCAGAGGGCGCAGAGGGUGAGAGAGUGCAAGCCCCAGCCUAACCAGCAGAGCAGCCCCUCCACCCCGCCCAGAGGGCCCAACGAGGGGCCCCGCCCCAGGGGAGCACCCCAAGCCCCAGACAGGGGAAGCUUUCAGAGUUCAAAGAUGUGGAGACAAGAAUUAAAAGUAAAGGAGGACAAAUUGAAGGCAGAAGAAAAAUAUGAGCGUCUCUAUAAGGAACUCCAAGACGUUACAGUUCAGAUCAUGGCUCAUAAAGGGAGCAAUGCUGCUCUAGAGAAAGAAAUCCAAGAUCUCCAGAGAGAAGAACAAGAACUAAUAGAGCUCAGAGAUGAAGUUAACAGAAUCUCUGAAGAAAAGUCCCAACUUGAAGACAAAAAGAAGCAGCUUCAGGAUAAAGUUUCAGAACUGAAACAGCAGAAAAAAGAACUUUGUGAAGUGGCUGUGCAAUACAACAAGUUACUGAGCAAACUGGGACCUCUUCAACAGCAAACAAAGGAGCUCGAAGACGAAAAAACCGUGCUGACUGAUCUUCUCAAACACCGUCAAACAUUGGAGGGAAGCUUUCAGAGCUCGAAGAUGUGGAGACAAGAAUUAAAAGUAAAGGAGGACAAAUUGAAGGCAGAAGAAAAAUAUGAGCGUCUCUAUAAGGAACUCCAAGACAUUCAAGUUCAGAUCAUGGCUCAUAAAGACAGUACUGCUGCUCUGGAGAAAGAAAUCCAAGAUCUCCAGAGGAAGGACCAGGAACUAAAAGAGCUCAGAGAUGAAGUAAACAGAAUCUCUGAAGAAAAGUCCCAACUUGAAGGCAAAAAGAAGCAGCUUCAGGAUAAAGUUUCAGAACUAAAACAGCAGAAAAAAGAACUUUGUGAAGUGGCUGUGCAAUACAACAAGCUACUGAGCAAACUGGGACCUCUUCAACAGCAAACAAAGGAGCUCGAAGACGAAAAAACCAUGCUGACUGAUCUUCUCGAACACCGUCAAACAUUGGAGUUUGAAUACAAUGAAAUAAAAGCAGAAGCUGAGGAGGCAGAAGCUUACAACAGUCAAGCUCUGGAGGAGGUUGAUUUUCUGAAGGGGAAGCUUUCAGAGUUCAAAGAUGUGGAGACAAGAAUUUUAAAAGUAAAGGAGGACAAAUUGAAGGCAGAAGAAAAAUAUGAGCGUCUCUAUAAGGAACUCCAAGACGUUACAGUUCAGAUCAUGGCUCAUAAAGGGAGCAAUGCUGCUCUGGAGAAAGAAAUCCAAGAUCUCCAGAGAGAAGAACAAGAACUAAUAGAGCUCAGAGAUGUAGUAAACAGAAUCUCUGAAGAAAAGUCCCAACUUGAAGACAAAAAGAAGCAGCUUCAGGAUAAAGUUUCAGAACUGAAACAGCAGAAAAAAGAACUUUGUGAAGUGGCUGUGCAAUACAACAAGUUACUGAGCAAACUGGGACCUCUUCAACAGCAAACAAAGGAGCUCAAAGACAAAAAAACCAUGCUGACUGAUCUUCUCAAACACCGUCAAACAUUGGAGUUUGAAUACAAUGAAAUAAAAGCAGAAGCUGAGGAGGCAGAAGCUUACAACAGUCAAGCUCUGGAGGAGGUUGAUUUUCUGAAGGGGAAGCUUUCAGAGUUCAAAGAUGUGGAGACAAGAAUUUUAAAAGCAAAGGAGGACAAAUUGAAGGCAGAAGAAAAAUAUGAGCGUCUCUAUAAGGAACUCCAAGACAUUCAAGUUCAGAUCAUGGCUCAUAAAGGGAGCAAUGCUGCUCUGGAGAAAGAAAUCCAAGAUCUCCAGAGGAAGGACCAGGAACUAAAAGAGCUCAGAGAUGAAGUAAACAGAAUCUCUGAAGAAAAGUCCCAACUUGAAGACAAGAAGAAGCAACAUCAGGAUAAAGUUUCAGAACUAAAGCAGUAGCAAAAUGAACUUUGUGAAGUGGAGUAAAUAUUGGGAAAAGCCUUUAUUUAGUACAUAGUAGGACACAAAAAGGCAGAAACUAAUGUUUAAAAUAGGGUGAAUGGGAAAAAAAAACAGAAAUGGGGUAAAAAAUUGGGAAAAGCUUUUAUUUAGUACAUAGGACACAAAAUGGCAGAAAUAUAAAAAAUAAAAAUAAAAAAUGGGAUGAAAAAUAAUCUAAUAAAAAUGGAAAUGUUUUUAAUUGGUACAUAAUCCUUGUGCUAUCUUGGGAUAUGGUUUAUAAAUAUGUGUGUUGUUGAAUGCAUGUGUUUGGUGGAGGAGGGGGGUUAACAUAGAGUAACCUCCCCAUACCCCACCCAAUCAAGUCGCCUCUCUAACAAGCAAUGUCACUUGUUAGGGGGGGACCUCAGGGGGGGUACACAUUUUUAAAAUACCUGCCUCCCCCCUACUGGACAAAUGCAAACACAACACACACACACAUGAAAAAGGGGUUAAUUAAUUUGUCGAAAUCCAUUUAGGUGUUUAAAAAAAAGGGCGACACACUAAUAAGUGUGUUUGUGUGGGUUUUCUCUGAGCACUUCAGUUCCCCCCACCCAACCUGAAUGUAGUGUCUUUAGGAUUAUUAUUAGUCAAAAGUUGUAAAUUGGAGAGAAAAAAUGUUGCAAUUCUGUCUGCUGGUUGAAGACAAAAAACGCAAAGAAUAAAAAACAGAUGUGAUUUAUUAAUUAUAUAAAAUCUGGCCAGACCUAAAA